CCUUGCGCAUGUUAGCUGUCCUGCGGGAAGCUCCUCAUUCCUUUUACUUUCCUACGAUUAUUCCAAAACUCUUGUGCCGAUCUUCAAAAACGCUUUUGCGGAAUUCUUCUUAAUCAUUACGCAUCUUGGGUCUCAAAAGUUUUAGCCGAAUCGUCUCAUUGUCUAGAGAUUAAAGGAAAAUUAUAUGGCUCAAGCAGUUGAAGAAUGGUACAAGCAGAUGCCUAUUAUCACCCGCUCGUAUCUAACAGCAGCUAUUGUCACCACCAUCGGUUGUUCCCUGGAUAUCAUAUCUCCUCAUAAUUUGUACUUGCAUCCUACACUCGUGGCUAAGCAUUAUCAAUUCUGGCGUCUCAUCACCAAUUUCCUGUACUUCCGGAAAAUGGUUAUUCAUCACUUGGAUCUGCAACUCCAUGAAUCACAAAUACAAACAACAUGAAAGGUCAAACACUGUGUUAUAGGUUUAAACACAAUUAAAAUGAUAAAACGGUACGUACCUUCUCUUUGUUGUGAUAUUUCAUAAUUGCGUUUAAGUUUGUUCCAUUAAACUUUAUGUAAUUGGCAUUUAUUUUGAUCUCCUUCAAUUUCGGUGUGAUCUGGUUUCCAUCAGAAGCAGCAAAUGUCUUCAUUUUAGGGCAAGAGUCCACAGAUAACUCUUCCAAGAAUGGCCAUUUCAAAGUUAAGCUAUCCAUGCAAAAAGCUUUAAGAUUGUGAAGCUUGUAUAACCUAAUCCUUAUUAAUUGAGAGAACACCACUUUGUCAAUCCUCUUUUCCUCUUCUUCCCUUUCUGCAACAAUUGCUUCUAAUUCAUCACAAUCUUCUAAUUCAAGUUCUUUCAGCUGCUCUAGUCCUUGAGCAAUAGAAGCAGGAAAUAUAACUCUUAAUUUCUGGCACCCAUUAAUGCAUACGAUUUGUAGCUUGGGCAGUUGCAACUGCUCAGUGGGGCCCUUCGCUAUGUUCUUCAUUCCUUUCUCUUCAGGAACUUGGAGUUGCUCGAAUUCUUGCUGUGGAUUGGGUAAAGUGAAAAUAUUCAACAAUUCUGGACAUCUAAAAAAGGCCAAGUAUUUGAGCUUCCUCAUGGACAAGGAAGUUCCAGGAGGUAGUUCACCAUUGCAUAAUGCUUUGAAGGUGUCCAAAUCCUGAAAACACAGUCUUUCCAGUUCCGGCAACAAAGCAUACCUUCCAAGAAACUCUUCAGCGUUGAUCAAGUAAGCGAAACUAGGACAAUUGACAAUCACUAGUAUCUUCAAAGCAUCUAAACCACCUAAUAAUAAGCAAGGAUUGAUAUUCUUUAACUCCUCAAGUGAAUCUAAAUACAGAAAAUUUGUUCUUGGCAUUAAUGGCUUCAUACAAACUAGUGAUGAAACUGUGAUAUUACUCCCGCCACCGAAUUCACCACAAAGACCCAAAUAAUUAGAUCCUUCAACUUGAGAUAAAAAUGCAUUAAUCCGCUUUUGUUUGAAUGCGAAUUGUAAGGAAGUACAUAAAAAUUGUAAGGGUUUUCAAAACUGUUAUGUUCAAGUCAUCGAAGGAUCGAAAAUUAUGAAGCAAUGGAGAAAGGGAAUAUGGGUACUCUGUGGGUCUUAACAUAUCAAAAGAAAGGAAGUACAAUUCUUCUAAUCGGGACAGAGUAGACAUAGCAUUUAUUGGAAACUUGGAAGAAGAGUCGCCAUGAGGAGAAGAAAAUUCCACAUCCAGUAACCUUAGAUUAGUCAACUUCCCUAUUGUAUUGAAUGGCUUUCGGAAUGUACAAUUCUUCAAGCUGAGAAUUUCAAGCAUCUUCAGCUCCCCAAUUGGAGUGGUGUCAACAAUGUAAUAAUACUGAAGCAUCAACGUCCGAAGAUUGGUUAAUUGACUAAAUCCUAGUUCCAAGGACCGAAGAAAAUGUGCCAAAAAUCUGUUCCUACUACUAUCUCUCCGAUCAAAAACUUGAAGGGCUUUCAUCCCUGUCAAGACCGUUGCUGGGAUGUAAAUCGCCUCCUCCCGCAAACGAGUUUUUUCAAUAUGCAUCAAUAAUAUCUUGAGAUUUGGGCAAUCCCAAGCAUCGGGAAAUUGAGAAACCUCAUUUUGCAUUAUUGAGAUGCCAGUAUAA